CUUUAUGUCCUAUGACUGAUGUGAAGCCCGAUCGCAGUUACGCAACAAGAUAGCCCUUGGGACCCUUUCAUUAAUUGUACCACCAUCCCUUACUCCCCUGAAGCCUUAUUAAAAACACCAUCUGAUAGUAAAAAAAGUGCCCAAAGCCCGCAUUCACAAUUCUUUCUUGUCUAAACAGAUAUUCCUCAACUCUUCAAUCGACUGGUUUAUACAUUACCAUUUCUCUAAACUACUAGGUACCUGCAUCAAUAUGACGAAGCCUAUUCGCGUAUGGGUAACUCCUCCGGGACCUAACCCCUGGAAGGUAGUCUUUGUUCUCGAACAGCUCCAAGUUCCGUAUGAGAUCAAGUCUAUUAGAUUCGACGAUGUCAAGAAGAAACCUCUGAUUGACGUCAACCCUAAUGGCCGCGUUCCGGUUAUAGAGGACCCGAAUACUGGCCUGACAUUAUGGGAGUCGGGGGCUAUCAUCACUUACAUCAUCAAAACAUACGACACUAAGAACGCCCUGAACUACACCACCUUCCCGGAGGAGCAUCUUUUGAACCAAUGGCUGCACUUCCAAAUGAGUGGGCAGGGUCCCUACUAUGGUACAGCGGGCUGGUUCAUCCACCUACACCCUGAAAAGCUUCCCACAGCCAUCGACCGGUACACGAAGCAAGUUCUCCGCGUCCUCGGCGUGCUAGAGGGCUACCUCGAGGGCAAGACGUGGCUCGUAGGCGACAAGAUGACGUACGCGGACAUGGCGUGGGUUCCCUGGAACGACCGCGUCGACACCUCGCUCGGCGUGCCGGAGCCGAACAAGUUCGACGGCUUCCCCAAUGUGAAAGCGUGGCACGAGCGCAUGACGUCGCUGCCGUCGUGGAAGAAGAUCAUGGAGACGAGGGCCGUGCUGAUGGAUGAGCAGGGUCUCCAGUGGAAUGGGAUGCCGAAGGGGACGAAGAAUUUCCAGGAGUAUGAGGCUAAGAUCAAGGCGGAGAGUGCUGCUGCUGAGGGGAAGUGAUGAAAGCUAUUGGAGUUGCAUCUUGCUUGGUCGGAUGUAUACGCGAAAGCAAGACUACCUACCUGGUAGAUGAAAAGUUUCGCACAUCAACCACGUUCCUUACCCAGUGUGGGAAUACUGUAUUAGGUCUAGGCUAUGCUGUGGACCUGGGGUGUACCUACCGUAGUGGCAAAGAGGGGUUUUCAAAUACGGUAUUUGGACACGCAACGCGUCUGCCCAUUAACAAUGAUUCAGUGGAAACUAGAUCAUUGUUGUACAGCAAAUGGUAUUUGAUUUAAAAACGAUUAUUUACAAAAUAACGAUAAUUUGCAAAGAAGCUAUUUUAGGGAUUGCACAAUUAUUUUAUGUAAAGUGGAUACUUUGAAUUGGUUGCUAUGUAAAUACUAGUAAAUACUGACCUGACGCGACUUGUUUGCCAACUUCCCUAGAUACUGACCUAGAUACCAACUUACUUACUUUUUUACUUACUUCUUUCCUUCGUAUAGAAACUGGAUUAUUACUAGAACAGAAACUGACAGUAUCCUGUUGAUUUGACGCGAUUAGAUUGAAUAGACUGAAUAGACUGAAUAGACUGGAUAUAUUGAAGAUAUUAUGCAACUGACUUGACUUGACUGUAUUGCAAAGAGAGAAAGGAAAG